AUACGUACACUCGCCGCCAUUAUUCACGUCCGAUCUCUUUGGAAAAAAGAAGCAUGAAUCCCAAAAUAAUCAUAAAAGCUAUCAAGAUUAAGAUUGCGCUGAGGAGAUUGUCAAAGGCUAAAGAAAAUGCUAUCCGAAUUCACAUGGGCCUUCCUCCUCUUCGUCCCUGGUACAGACAAUGUUACAUCAGCUGUAUAUCCUCCUUACGUCAAGCGUGCUGUCGUGUUUUCUGCCCCUGCUGUAUUUACGACAGCCCCAGAUCCGUCCCAAAAACGUGUUGUGGACGGAUUUUCACUGAUGGCACAUACGAAAAUGGAGUGAUGAGAAAUAUCUUAGGUCUGAUCAUGGGUAUUUCGGCCACGCUUUUUCUCUUCUUCCUCAUGCUUUCCCAGCUUGAGUUCCAACCUUUAACCGCCGGGAUCGUGGCCUCAGCGGCUGGCGUAAUAGUCACCAACGGAAUGGCCUUCAGCUCUGGGAUGCGAUGCAUAACGUAUCUCAUGGUCCCGCAACUGUUUUCAAGUACAGGGCGAUACUUCAUAUUAAUGUAUAUCAUGAUACUAGUGAUGUCAUAUCCGGUGAAAAAUUUCAACCACAACAUCACGGUUAUGUCCAAUAGUUACACCUGCGGCCAGCAGAUGGCGCACAACCAGACAAAAGAAUUGGUGGAUGCUGCUGUUGCACCAAUCGCAGGUGUAAUUGAAAGCGUCCGGACUGUAAUGAAAACACUGGAAAAUUUUUCUAGGGUAUUACAGAAAUCCUUUAAGGUCCUGAAAAAGGCUGUCGAAGAAAUAGCUGCAUCGAUAGCACGAGUGUUUGCCUGGCUGAAGAGUAUAGUGACCAUUUGCAACGACAAGAUGGGAGCCCCAUUCCGAAAGUGUACCUCAGCAUUUGAAACAGCCGAACACAACUGCAAAGAGACGCUUGGCUGGUUUUUCGACUGGAUAUGUGGAAUCGUCACCGCUUUCAAAUACAUAUGUCAUAUCGUUCGUAUUGGAGAGGUUCUUUGUGCUAUAACAAGUCUGAUCAAAAACUUGAUCAUAGACAAGUUGGCUAAUCCUAUGGAGAAGGCGAUAGACGGCGUAACUGAUAUGUUUUACUUCAACAUUUCAAUUCAUUACUCGUACAAGCUCAACAUGACCCAGUCGAAGAACCUGUCACAGAUACGAGACGACAUUUUGGCAGACGUGAAGGCACGUGUUGGUCAGCAUGAUGACAUCAUGGAUGCAGUUCAAUACGUCAUGAUGUUCUCUUCCGUCUUCGUACUUCUAAAAGCAAUGAUAUACCGCAGGAAAUACCUUACGACAGAUAAGCAUGACAACAUGUACAUAACACUGAAGGUGAGGAAUAUAGACGAGAGAAGAUGUCAGCACGGGAGUAAGAGUAUACUACCGCUGACUCCGAAGGAGUCCAACAAAUACAUAGCAACAAGUUCUUUGUCCCUAGUCAAACGAGAGAAGAAGAAACUGGCCAAAGGACUCUUCAUGCUUAUAGUCAACCUGACGUACACGUGCUUCUACAUCAUCUGUGACUACAAUCUGUACUGGCUACUCGACCUCCUCCGGACACAGCUAGAGAUUAAAACACACACCUCAGUUCCUCCGCAUCUGAAAAUCCACGUCCAAGGAGAAGGAGCAAUGGCCGACAUGUACCGUGCCCUGGUAGGUUUCUUUGAUCCUCUUGUGGCUGGCGUUGACGUGGACACGACACCUUGUUUACCAAAUCCAAGUACACCCAACUUCGCCAUCUAUAAACAAAUUUGGAGUAUGUUUGGUGUUUAUCUGUUCUUGACCAUCUUUGAAGCAUAUGGACUACGUUUACGUCACGUGAUCGCCGCUUGUUAUUAUCCUCGACGCGAGCAACAGCGUGCGGUAUGGCUGUACAAUCAUAUCCUAAAAUGCAGAGGCGGCUUCAUCAAGAUCACAAGACGACAGCUGAAGAGGAAAUACCUCAAAAACACGGAAACGGAAAAGAUAAGCAUCCGUGGAAAACUCGCUGCAAAAUACCCGUUAGCCGGGAAGUUAUUCCGACAUCUUGGAUGGGAUCGGAAGUCCUGCAUAUGCUGUGGUCGGGAGGGGAGGCAGGAGGACCACGACAACUUCCAACACUGUGCGAACGCCGGAUGUGACGGUCUGUACUGCACUCUCUGUUUCUCCGAGCUGAACAACAUGUGUACGGUCUGUAUGAACCCUGUAGAUUACGGAGACUUCUCAGACUUCAGUGAAGAAAGGGAUUCAAGUGAAGAUGAAGAUGAGGUGGCGAGAAUGAAAGAAAUUUCACAGAGACGGCGUCAAGAAAUGGAACGACUACAGGAAGAGCAAACACCAUCAAAAAUCCUUGGAACCUUCCGAAAUCAACUCCACAUCGACAAUGAGAACACGUCUAGUGAAAACUCAACUCCUGAUCACCGAUGGGAACAUUACCAGUGAAAUAUCAACUAAAGAUCCCGAAUGAGAAUUUUAUCAGAUAUAUAUCGACUCCAGAUCACCACGGAGAAUAUCUUGCUUAGUUUAAAUUAUAAAAAAAAUGCCAAUAGAUGGCUGUGGAUGAAGAAAAAUGAAAAUAGAACCAGCGUCCACGGUAAAGUCAACUUUCACUUUCGGCGAAUGGCAGGGGACAUUUAUAGGAACUGUCCAGUACAAUAUGUAUAUGUGUUUACCUCAAUAGUUAAACUGUGUAUUCACAUUGCCCUGACGCUAUAAGAGAUAACAAAUUAACCGAUUUAUUACAAAGAGUCCGUCAAUGAUGAUUACUGCCGGACCGGAAGUUCGCCAUUUUUUCAAUACAAAAUUAUUCUGA